AGAUUUUACAUACGCGGUAACGGAGAUGAAUACCUUACCUCUAUUUUCUCACCGUCGCAGUCACCUGCAGGCUAUAUAUCUUGGCGAUGAAUUGCCUUGUGAAAUAACUUUGUCCUCAGUGCGCGGCUUGCCUUUAGUGUCAGGACCGCGCCGAUAUAUCCGAGGCCGAGUGCAUCUAGAUCUACCUACUAGAUAUGGAUAAUCCUAUAAUAAAGCUAAGUAAGCGACCCAUGCAUCUCAGUUGAUUCCCCGGCUUUUAUAUCCAUCGAUCAAUUCUUCAAGAUGAUUAUGCAUUAUAGCCGAUCAGGCCCAAGAGCCUUUCUUCCAUCGUUGUCUCGAGAUGCUCAUGGUUUGGCGACGCGUCUGCCCGAAGAUAUUCAAAAGAGUUACUAUAAAACAUGUCGGUUCAUCUCAACACAAUUGACUAACUCUUAUCAAAGAGCCAAGUCAUAUAUAAAAUCUGUCGAGUGGUCGAGAUGGAUACGCGCGGGCUGUUGGGUGGUCUCUAUACUCUGGACCGUCAUGAUACUGGGUUUCUUCGCAUUUCUUGGCUUAUAUGGUGCUAUGUCUUAUAGGUUUGAGAGUGAAGACUCAGCCUGCCGAUCUGACGACACUUUUAAUCCUGUAAUAUCUGAGUAUAAUGCUUGGACAAUAUCAGGGUUCUUCAAGAUAAAUCUAGGCUUUGGAAGCUUGACAUUUACGGAGGCAAAGAUAGUUAGUAUACUUUGGGACAUAAUAAUAGCCCGCGGGGUGCAAGCGUAUAUGGUGUUCAUGUCCUGGCAUGCCUUUACCAUCUACGUAACAACGUCGAUGGAAUUUACCCCCGUUACCUAUACGGUCUUUUUCACCAUAUUCCUCCAGGUCGAACCUACAUUUUACUCGACGGUCAAUAUCGCACGAGCCUUUAUCUCCCAUCGUGGUCUGAGGUCUAAAAUUGCCAUGGGCUUUAUGGUCUGGAGUAUGAUAUUCCUUAUGGCAUGGCCAACAGUUGCUAGUGCUAUGACUGGAUAUACGUCAGUCAGAGAAGCACUCGUCUUGGAUUAUAAUGGCCAUUACAUUCCUUUCAGAGAAUUUCAACCCAUAGCAUAUAUCAUCCAUGACGGAUGGAGAGUUAACUUGACAGGUGACUACAUCGUGUCUCUUUUUGGUUCCGGAGGAACUGCCAAGGAACCUACUGUUAGUUACCGAGAUGACUCCUUUUGGGGCGCCUGCUCAUUUGAUAGUCUAUCGGUGUCGGAAGUCAAUUGCUCUCUACAAGAGGCAGUGUCCAAUUAUGUGUCGACUUAUGGGUUCUUCGGCCUGAAGCAUACGAUAUCUGCCUUCAACGGAACUGAGAUACCCAGUCCAGUUUUGAACAUAUCCGCUUUUUACAUCAAUCCUGAUGGGGAUUUCUAUGGUGCUUCAUUUUUCAGCAAUAUAUCGAACGCAGCCUUCGUAUAUAACAAUCAGAUAUACCCCUUCACCUACGUGAUGAAGAACGGAAGCUGCCAACCCAUAGUAGAUACCCUAAAAUGGGGAUUUUCAUUCAUACAAGUAUUCAUCGCCCUCUUGUCCUUAACUAUUUGGACGAUAGGGACAGGUAUGUUGUGGUAUGAAGCUCGAUCAAACUUGCGUCUCCUACGCCGGGCAGUUGUACCGAAAGGUUGGCGUUCUAUACUAAUACUAGCUGAAAAUAUGAAAAAAGAAAUGGACAGGGCCGGACUUGAUGCACAUUCAUUGACGGAUCAGCAAUUUGAGGACGAAAUUAAAACACGAUUUCAAGGGGGAUCUGUCUCUCUUAGAUGACAUUGAUGAUUUAUCAUCUAUUACGGCCAUUAAAUAAAAUCAAGGUUUACUAGAGAUGCAUAUUUGUGGUAUUUGAUAUGUGAUAUACUACACUAAGUUUAGCCUUGUUGUUCCUUGUGAGCACCCUGCCAUCCAAAUAUAUCCUAAUUUGCAGCAAUCACUUUCGGGGGUUCAAGCGCUAAUAUUUUCCUAGCCGCAUGUUCAGCUGCUGAGACAAUCAUUG